UACUGGACCUAACGUUUGCCGGUUUUUUUUUUUUUUUAAGUCAAAGCUGCUUUAUAAGGUAAGAGCUCAUGUCUAAACUAUUUUAAAGGAUCGACUGAAGUCGUCAAGUUUCCUUUAAGUUCUUAGAUAACACAAUUCAAUUUUUUAUAUUUAAAAACUAUAACUGUGGAUGAAUUUCCCUUUUCUACGCCCAACACCAACCGACUGAUACUGAAAAUGUAACAGUGAUAUAGAACAUGCUAUAUUUAAUGAGGCAGAUACAUAUAAAAUACAUUUCAAAUAUAGUAUAUAUAAAAAUUAAAAAUAACUGCUUUUUAUUAUAAAUAUUUAAUACGUCAGUGAUGUGUUGGACAACCAAAUAGCUUCUUUCAGAUUUGGACAGAAAAAGAUGAUCACGAAUUGGUCUUGUAGGACAGAAAUCAUCCGCUAAUCACCACUAAGCAUGUACUGUAUUCUUUAAAACGUUGGGAGAGAAGCAUCCUUCCUGUAUAAACUAUCUUUGUUGCAAACCGAUUCUUAGUAGAGAUUGUUCCUAGCUAAGCGCUUCAUUCUCUGCCGUUGCUGAACCAGACGUUUCCUACCCUUUUCACUCUAGACAGCCAGUUGUUACAGAUGCUGUGGGUUCGCUAUGGAAAGUUCUUGGUCGGCUAACAUACUGACAACCGAUGCUAAUAGCAGUCAGUGCAUGUUACGUUGGACCUCCCUUUUGUUUAUCCGCUAGCCACUGACAGUUAGCUCAGCUGUAACAGAGUAACGCCCAGAAAGAUGAAGUUAAGCUAACAUUGACCCUAAACUUUACUAACAAUACGACCAAUGCUGCACUGUCGACAAAAGGCUCAACUGUCGCAGUAUUUGGAAACUUUUUCACUCCCAUGCGGACUUUUAUCGACUCUUUCCGCUCGCCGUUAGGAGACAGUUGUGACUGUUGGUGGCACUGCAGCACACCGCCAGCCGAGAGUCAACGAUGGUACUGUUCCUUACAACCCGCCUACUCGGAAGAGGGAAAACUUUGCUCUGUGAUCCGUUUAAGAGGAUUUGCAUAAACAUGUCCUCUUCGGGUAAGAGACUGCGGGUUCUGGUUGACAUGGACGGGGUCCUUGCGGACUUCGAGGGGGGGUUCCUGAAGAAGUAUAGGGCCCGGUACCCGGAGGAGCCCUACAUCACCCUGGAUGACAGGAGAGGGUUCUGGGUGUCAACGCAGUACGGGCAGCUGAGGAGCGAUCUGUGUGAGAAAGCCAUCAGUAUCUGGGAGUCCAAAGACUUCUUCAUAGACCUGGAGCCUCUUCCUGGAGGAGUGGAGGCUGUCAAAGAGAUGGCCAAGAUGGAUGACACAGAUGUCUUUAUUUGCACCAGCCCCAUUAAACAUUACAAACACUGCCCCUAUGAGAAGUAUGCCUGGGUGGAGAAGCAUUUGGGCCAUGACUUCCUGGAGCAGGUCAUCCUGAAAGACAAGACACUAGUCACUGGUGACAUCCUCAUAGAUGACAAGCCCGACAUUCACGGGGUGGAAACCAAACCAGCCUGGGAGCACAUCCUGUUCACCGCCUGCCACAACAAGCAUCUGUCCAUCAGCCCCUCCCAGAGACGGCUCCUCUCCUGGUCGGACGACUGGCGGGCUAUCCUGGACAGCAAAAGGCAGUGAGGAACUGCAUCACCCACAAGCCUCAGAGUGUUUUUGGUAGAACUGGUGCCGAUUGAGAAAAAAAAAGAAAUUAUAUGGAAAUUUGUUUCUCACUGUAAAGCUGUUGGGAGAAGACAUUCACAUAUUUGACCACAAGAGGGCACUGUGACUCCACGUGUGACGUACUUCCACCACUUUGAUGAACACAAGAAAAGAGUAAUUGCAUGGUAGGUUUAAAAGGUCAGGCUAUGUUGAUUUGACUAACUGGUAGCUGAUAUAAUUGUGAACACUUCUGUUUAAAAAAAAUCCAACUCAUUUUAUUUUUGAGCAGUUUAUCUCGUUACAAAAGGUGAACCAGUCUCUCACAGUAUUGUGUUGCAUAAAUGGGUCAGUGGAUUGUGAUUCACGCACAGCAUCAGGGCAGUCCACUGCUCACAAAAAAGGUUUAAAAAUAUUCUCUCAGACUCAUCAACACUGGUCAGUGUGCACGAGGGUGUGACAGAAAUACAAUAACUGUUUUACAUGUUCUUUAUGGGAAUACCACAUUAGUAUAAAUGUAGGUGGACAUUAAAUGGGAGGUGUGCUCUGGUUUUUAUAGAGCUGAAAUAUCUAUAUAACUGGUGCUCGUUUUUUGUUAUUUUAAUGUGAUCCUUCAGCAUCUACCAAUGAUCUAUGCAUCUGACAUAACCUGAUGAGAAAAACUUAUUUACACAUGCAUGUUGCCAAAACAUCACUAGUGUAGAAAUAAGUCACUGAGAAGAGUGUGUUUUUUUUUUUAUUGAACUUAUAGUUCUCUUGUUUUAAACAGGAUUUAAAAAAAUAUAUAAAAACAUAAGAAUUAUAAUCUUUGAUUGUGUUUAUUUUUGGUAAAAGUUAUUUAUAGAAAUUAUCCUAUUCAGAUGGUGUCAUGAAGAAACGAUACUGUAACUAACACCUCACUUCAUUUUCACUCUGAGCAGCAUGUUUACAUCAAAUAAGCAAGUCACGUGUUUCUAAGUCAGACAGUUUUAACCCACACAAAUGAUUAAAACUGGCUUUGAGUAAUUUUGUUUUUAUUUUUGCCUGUUGCUGCUAACCAGGCUUUUGGAAAAAAAAAUCACCAGAUGCCGAACUCGUGUUAUGAAACACAAACUCACUGCUUAGAGUCGUCAUUGUGCCUGGUUUAAUGUAAAAACUCAAACAUGCUUAUUUCUGUCUGUGGAACAUUUUUAAUGUUUGCUCCACCUGGAUUAAAAGAAUGACCAAAAAACAA